AGCUCCAUAUACCGUCCCGGGUGUCACACGAGGCCACACAGCGGCCAGCGGCGCCGACCGCGCAGCUCCGAGUCGUGCGCUGUCCACUGGUGAGACCGGCACCAUGUGGCGAGUGGUGACGCUGGGGCUGGUGAUGGCGGCGGCGGCGCGGGCACUGGUGCAGGACAGCAUGGACGGGCUUGGUCAGCCGCCGGACCGGUACUGUCUGGCGUGCCUCUGCACGGCCGCCACCGGCUGUGACACAAGCACCGGCUGCGAGGAAGACGGUGGCACCACCAUCUGCGGCCCUUUCUACAUCUCACAGCCCUACUGGCUGGACGCCAACACCACCGUCGUGCAGCAGUUCCGGGAUUACGAUUUCUCACGUUGCGCAAGGGAUGUCGCGUGCGCCAAGCAAACAGUGACGUCAUAUAUGACGAAAUUCAGCCGGGACUGCGACGGGGAUGGCAGGGUAACCUGCCUGGAUCACGGCCUGAUGCACUACCUCGGCUACAGUCAGUGCGCGGUGCCAGCGCAGCGCCAGCAGGCUGAGGCCAGCGCCUUCUACCACACCUUCAGCCAAUGCCUCGCCGAUAUGGAUGCGCUGCUCGUGUCGGGAAUGAUGCAGCAGCACUUGCCUGGCUGUGACAGUAGCAGCCAUCUGUGAUGGAGGAGGGAAAGAGCCAGGGACGUUGUCAGGUCAUCCUCCGAGAGGACAGAGGCCUUCUGAUUGACCUCGAUCACAGAGGACAGGAGCUCUCUGAUUGACCUCGAUCGCAUGCCAUUGUAAUCAUUCUCUCGGAGCGAGUAAAUUCCUACCGUAUUUUUCACCAGCAGCUCGCAAUCCGAGGCAUAUUUUAGCGCAGUCGACAGCUGUUAACCAAUAAGCAUGUUGGCUGUAUGUAUGCCCUCUGUAUCUUUACACACUAACUGCACGAUCCUGAGUGGGCCUGGUAAAUUGGGGAGCACCAAAGUGCAUUUGGUCUUGGAGAAUCAGUAUUGAAAACAGAAGAGGCUAUGAGCGAGGCAUGGUAUGGCUGCGAAGUAAAAUGAAGCGAGUUUGCAUUGCUGGUGAUCGAUUUUACUGCACAGGACUAAGUCUCCUAGACGUUCCGGUUUGCAAAGUUUCAUUGUGCUUCGUGGACCACGCCAAGUGUCAAAGGUGUGUCUUGUAUUAUCAUCUUCUGUGCGAUGGCAUGAAUGGUGCUCCUAUGUGUGCAGUAGUCACCACGGUAGGGGCCAUUUUAAACGCGGCGUCAAACGUGUCCUCUGUGUGAUAAUGUGGUGUUACUAUGGAUGCGAAAGAAGUAGCAUUAUUUUAAUACAACACUAGUUUAGAAUGUAAGGCCCGUCUUACAUGCGGUGCAGGGUCCACAGCCAGCCCAUUGCUGAGGUACGGAAACGAAGAGCUCCAAUGCGGAUGUCCGAUGGCCAUCUUGGUCAACCGACAUCUUAACAGCCGGUUCAAUGUGCCGCAAUCCAACGACAACAGAACGAUAUGCGGCAAAGCAGCAUAUUUCUACACUCCGAAUGGGCCCUUCUAUUAGCGUCAUCUUUUUCCUGGCAUGAGGGGCGUGUGCUACCGCAUUUAGAAAAUGCCACGAGCUGUUAGGCAUGUCAAUGGCCAGCACAACAAAUCAGCAGCCCUCAAAACGUUUUCGAAUAUGUCAUGCCCACGAAUCUAGGCUUCGGCCGAAUCACUGAAGAUUACUCGAAUAAGUGGUGUCAGUCGAUCCAAACGAUCUAACUUUAUCCAUUUCUUUGCUACUCUGAGUGGUGAUUCAGAAGUCAGCAAUGAAGGAUAUCCGUGUUUCGAGACCAAGCUUAAUAGAUUCACUGUGUCAAUGGAUAGCCCUACUGAGCUCAGUGCACUAUCACAUAGAUGUGUGAGGCUAUGCGUCUGAAAUGUGAGGGGGACGGAUACCCUCUGGUACUGACCACACGGACACUAGCGCACCAUGACGUAAAAUCUUGAACCUACAGCUUUUGAAAUCGUUAUGCGUAAAGAUACGAUUCAAACUUGGCUAAUUCUUAUAGUAUUUUCAUUGGUUCAUUAUUACCAGGUAUCGAUGCAAUGAAGUUACUUAUGAUGCUGAACGCUAUAUGGUACGAUUAAACACCGCGUAUGUUCGUGCUCUUUUUUAAUAACAUGCUUACCUAGUUGUCAUCGCCUUGUGCUGACCGUCCACGCCAUUGCAGCGGUACCUUCUUCCAGUAGGUGGCAGCACGGAUGCUGCACCAGAUGGCACUCGACAUCGGUGCAGUGGCGGCCAUACCCUAGUUAAGCACGUCGCAGAUAGAAAGAGCAGUAAUGUCAGAGCAACGGUAACAGAGACCAGUUACCGCGUCAGAGGUAUCAAGAAGGCCAAGACUAAGAUGUCAAGAUCGGUGCAUUGCAUUGACGCGCAAUUAAACCCAUAACUAAGGCAUCGAGACGCUGAGAUACAAGGCAGAGGCAUCGAAAAAAACUUCUCACGAACCCUCAGAACCCCCUCCCCCCCAGAAAAGCGGGAAUGAAUCUGACACUAACCAAAAGCCAUUCGGGACCACUGGCCCUUUUUAUGUGAUCCGAACUGAAGUAAACUGUCUGAUAUGAUAGGUUUGCACAAAAACGUUCCGUGAGAAAAUACAUUCAGGAACGUUUUUCAUAAAUUCCUACAUCACACGUGGCUAAGAGGGUAUAGAUCACAUCAAAUAAAAUAUUUUUCGUGCAGUAAGCCCCAAAACACCCUAAGCCUCGGGUCUUUUCAUCUCAGCCAGAAGGGGGGGGGGGGGGUCUCAGACGCCCCAACGAUCUGAGACAAUAAACAAGCGUGGAAACGUUUUUGGAAACGGCAUGAAGCGGCAUGAAAAGGGAAAACGGCAAAAAACUGAGCCACGAAAAGCAGCGUUCGAGGACCCUUUUCUGAGCACUUAUGAAUGGGAUUUUUGACAGGUCAGUGGGGUCAAACUAACACAGGCCUCCUCUGUUACCUCGAGAGCUAAGCGUACUACGACAAGUGUGGAAAGCGGCGUUGAACAGUCCUCGUAAGCCUCCAGUUUGAUGGGGAAUAGUUGACAUGGAGAGAUAUGAUCUACCACGUCCCACACAAGGGCAAAUAAGUAAAUGCUUUUGCUGAACUGGCCUGUCUGGCUAUAUGGUGAACCGAACAAGCCAGGUCAAUGGGGAAACAGCUAGGAGAAGGUUCUCCAAAGUUUGGAAGAAUGCACCAUAAGGGUUUAAAGUGUUUAACCUUAACGUGGCACAAUUUGGUCGCAAAGGGCGAAAUCUGACCUUCUUCAAUCUUGGGUGAUUUAACCCUGCAAAACAUCGAGGACGAUAAUAAUGCACCACAGAGUGAUAAAUUAAGUAAUCAUAAUAUAUUUUGAUGGAAUGCUGACAGAGAGAAGACAUCCGGAUAAUUUCUUUGGUAUCUCUUAAGUGAAAUGUCACCGGAAUGACACGCUGAAGAAAUUACGAAUCAUAAAAUGUCCAUGUCGGAACUUUGCAAGUUUUGCCAGCAGACGUACAAAUGACGUAACCACAGCCGCUAGCCAAAAUUUCAUCAGUCCCGUUCAAACCAUUUGGAAUUUAUUCCGGAAAUACCCCAGAAAAGCCUCUAAGAACCCCCUCAGCCCUAGAGCGAGGGCUUACAUAAUCUACAGAUAACAAGAACUAGUCCCUUUUUGAGUGGUGCUUUAGUUUGUGUAUGUUUUCAACGUUUGGUCGGAAUUUAGCCAAAUUUUCUUGUACGGCUGGGCCAAUACUAGGCCCCGAAAGAAGGCGACAUGACAAAUGCGCAAUACUGUCAAUGUCUGGAAGCAAUAGAGUGUCAUUUAUCAUGGCGACCUGUAUUGAUGAAAACUCCAGCGGAUGUUUUAGUUAGCCAGCCGUCUACAACGUACCAUAAGGAUCCCACAAGCACAUGAUGCACAAGAACGUCUUCCUCCUGUACCAUCCCGCAUGGAUUAAUCGCGGACACCACUUCUUAAAGCUGAGGCUCUGAACCCAAGUACAUCACCAGGGACCCCGAAUGAGACCCGGGCUUAUAAGUCGUGAACCAAAUGUUUCAGCAUAUGUCUCUGGUUCACAGAACACUAGCACACAGUCCGGGCGUAGCGCGGCGCUAGGAUAAAGCAAUAAACGUGUUAAGAAUGGCGCAUUUUAUCUGCAAAUCCAGAAAACUACGCACCAAAACAUGUUCUCAUUCUAUUACGGUCAGAUAUGUUGUUGCAUAUAGCUGAAUGCAGUAGAGACACAUUCAGUAAGGCUACAUGAACGUUACUUGGUGAAUUCGCGAUUAUUUGUAUAUUGUAUAUCGUGAUAUUCCAGCAGGAAAAAUGUAACAAACACUCAAAAUCAUUGUCAUACGGCAAAGGAUUUCUACGCCAUAAGACAGCUUUGCUUAUUGACCUCAACACAGUUCUAUGGAAAGUUAUAUGCACAAUUUCGUACCGUCUCGACUUUCUCUACCACGAUGAAAAAGUGACGCAUCCUAGUCAUCGGAGAAGCCAUCGCCAGCGACUUGCUAAUUUGUUGAAUGACUCUGACAUCCAAACUACCAGCAUGUCUGAUGUAAGCACACUACAUGCUGCCAAAGUGACUCGGUCCAUCCAACAACUGGUGGUUUACUAGGAAAGCGAGUGACUAAAACUAGGCCUAUAUACGUAAAGCAAACAGUGGCCAGUUCUUCAUAGGAACUGAGGAUUGACGCUAACCUUAAACAUACUUUUGUAGAGAUUUAAUCCGACCCUUUUGAGUCCAUGGACUUCUAGGAUCAGAAUCCACGCUGAACAGUGCCUGUUUCGUGCGCCCUGACCCCUACCAUCCGAUCGCACAAUUUCAAAUUAACGGCAACAGUUUAAGGGGCCGCAAUAGUUGGCACGGUCCGUCCUACCUCCUAACGUCACCUGGCCUUUAGCGUCAAUGGCGGCCGCGGCCGCUGCCACUAGCCACAGGCCAUGCUUGUAAAGAAAAAUGGGAUAGCGAGCGCCUAAAGCGACUCGAACCCACCCCACCAUGGCUGGGUGGAUAGGGAGGCAGGCGCUUUAUCAACUGAUCUAUCGGUACGGACGUUUGUUCCAAUAACGCGCAAGAGAGUGGUUCGUAAAAACCAAAGUAUCGAUCAACAACACAAACAAAUCAAUAAUGGCGUCAAGUUAACACUUCUUUAAGUUAACGCGUUCACGGAAAGUUCGCGGAUCACGUGACUUAUAUUUUAUUAGUUCACGUAAGAUCGGGCCUACCGAAAAUGCAAUUUUAGUUUAAGCAUGCGGGUCCGCGCGCAUACCUACCAAU